AUGUGGGAAUCAUUUUUAAGUACUGCUGGAAGUAAAAUACCUCUGCGACAUCGAUAUCGUGCAACAAUUCAUGUUCAGCCAACAACUUUGGCACGAAGGAGAUCUGGAGUUACAAGUAGUAGUAAAAGACUGCCUGUGGGAAGCCCAAAAAAUAACGAUCCUCAAAAAAAAAAAAGAAGAAGAAAUUUAGCAGAAAAUGCAGAGAAAAAUAUUUCAAAUGCUAAAUCACAUGGAAUAGGUCAUUAA